UGCGUCAACCUGCCACAGCGGAAGUGAAGCUUUAGAAGAAACAGUGGCUAUUUGAUAAGCAUGUUCGGGGUUUUAGCAUUGCUCGUUGUAAAUAUUUACCACUAACAAAAAAUGAAUGUUUUUAUCUGCGUCGUGUUGUUUCUCGGAAGUGCCAGAGCUGCUAGUAAAACCGGGGACGAUGAAUGGGUGCAUCUGCCAAAUAAAUGUGAAGUGUGCAAGUUUGUGAGUAUUGAGAUGAAAUCAGCAUUUGACGAGACUGGAAAAACAAAAGAAGUCAUUGAUACCAACUACCGCUUCCUGGAUGAUAAAGGGGCACCACCAAUCAAAUAUGUCAAAUCUGAUAUUCGUUUUAUAGAGGUGACAGAGAAUGUUUGCUCGAGGAUUAUGCAGUACAAUCUACACAAAGAGAGAGAUGGAAGUAAUCGCUUUGCAAAGGGUAUGUCUGAGACGUUCUCUACCUUACAUAACCUGGUUAAUAAAGGUGUGAAGGUGGUGAUGGACAUUCCCUAUGAGCUGUGGAAUGAGACCAGUGCAGAAGUGGCUGACCUCAAAAAACAGUGUGAUGUGAUGGUAGAGCAGUAUGAAGACGUCAUUGAGGACUGGUAUAAAGGCAGCCAGGAGGAAGAUCUCACCACUUACCUGUGUGAAAAACAUGUGCUGAAAGGACAGGACACUGGCUGUCUUAAAGAGGCAUGGGCCGGGAAGAAAGGAGACACGGCAGCCAUCGCAGAAGACAAGAAGAAAAAGAAAGGCAAAAAGAAGAAGGGUAAAGAUGGUGAGGAUGGGCAGAAAAAAGAGAAGAAGAUGAAGAAAAAAAAGAAAAAGUCCAAGGUUCCUGACAGCGAGUCUAGCAAGCGGAGAGCAGAAGCGGCGGGAUUCACCUCAGAUGAAGAGGAGAUCCAGAAGAAAGUUCCUCUUAAUCAGGCUAAAACUGAACUCUGAUUUCUUUUCUGUUUGUUUGGCGCUUGUCCCCUUGACAUCUAAAUGUACUACUGAGAUGUACGUGGAGUUUUAGUCCUUUAAAAGGUGAUAUUGAGGCACGAAUUCUAGAUCAGACUGACACCUAAAUUUCCCAUGAACUCCAUCCAGGAUUAAGCUAAGAUCAAAUGCCAUUUUCAGAUCCAAUAUUGGCAGCUAGACUAAUCAAAUCAGAGCUAGGAUUACAUUUUUUUCUUGUGUUUCUUCUCAUAUUCUGAAUUAAAGGGAUAGUUCACCCGAAAAUGAAAAUCACCAAACCUGUUUGACUUUUAUUCCUCUUUUAAACACUAAAUAAGAUGUUUUGAAGUAAGCUGGAAACCGGUAACCAUUGACUUUCAUAGUAUUUGUUUUUCCUACUAUGAAAGUCAAUGGUUACCGGUUUCCAGCAUUCUUCUAAAUAUCUUCUUUAGUGUUCAACAGUAAAAAGAAAUGCAUAAAGGUUUGAAACAAUGAGUGAAUGGGGGGGUAAAUUAAAUGUUUGGGUGGACUAUCGCUUUAGUGAAGUCUGCAAGCUGUUGGAAUGGAUUCUGGAAAUCCUUCCCAGUGUUCUCAUUUUAUUUCUCCUUACUAAGUUAUACAUUUAAGUUGUCUAAUAUCUUCAUUAUAUUGUUCUAGAUAAGGAAGUUUUUCAGUAUUAAUAUUUUUAGGUGGUACAGAUCUUAAUAAAUUGUACCUUUUUAUGUAUGAGAAAAUAUCUUUAAUGUUAACAUGGGAUGAAAUUAAUGCAAAAAUGAUAGUAUAUCCAUAGUAUAUUCUGAAGUAUA